AUGCCAUGGCUGCUAUGGAACCUUUCAAUGCAGGGUAUCCAGCCGCGCGGAGCCCGUUCUUGGCAGCUUGCAACACAUGGUCGCAGCCUGCUUAGUCGCCUUGCCAUGGCGCUCCCCGAAGCGGGCAGGGUGCGACCCAUCUCGCCAAAGAAACAGGCUCAAGCAGACAAGAUGCGAUGGAAGGCUGGGCACCUGGGCCAUUUAGGCGGCAUCCUUGAGAACGACGCCUCCGCAGGCGCAGCCAAGGCGGUGGUGCGAACCGCUGCGCAGACAGGGAGCCUGUCCUCAAGGUUAGAUAGCUACGGCUUCGCUCCCCGCAGCGUUGGAGAAGCCGUGGUGAAGCCAAGUGUGAAGUCCUUGGACCGGAACACCGCGGAGGUCUGUCCCGAGAUCGAUUCCUUAGUUCAUCAGUUGACGAGUGGCAAGGGUGAAUUUUUCGAUUACAUCGAUGACGGGCCCUCGCAGGUAGGCUGCGUGAUGUGCAUGCGCAAUCUGCACGAGACUGCCUUGUACGAGGGCCGGCAUGAAGUCAAAGUCUUGUGGUCCGUAUCAAACAAGAAAAUUCCGAGGCCUUGCUUCCACAGCGUUUGUGCUGCCUGCCUUCAGAGUUUAGCCUCCAGCGAAGGUGAUGCCUUCGAUUGCCCGAGGUGUGGCAGGAGGACGCAGAAAAUGCAAGCGCUUCAUCAGUAUCUUCCCAACUUCGACAUGUUGCACAACAUUGACAGCCAAAAGGUCGCCCAAAGCGAUUUUCUCUGCGAAGAGUGUGUCUCAGGAUAUCGUGCAGAGACGUAUUGCGAGGAAUGCAUCAUGAAUUUGUGUGAAAGCUGUACCAAACAGCACCGGCGCCGCCGAGCGAGUGCCAGUCAUAUCUUGGUGAAGUUGCUGGGUCAAGGUCCACAGGGUGAGGUGUUAAACAUCCACCGAGCACAGUACUGCGCCAUCCAUCGAACCAGCCGAUAUGAACUCUACUGCGAAGAUUGCGAGCGGCUGAUCUGCAAUGAAUGUGCCAGAAACGACCAUCAGCACCAUGCGUACAAAUUGCCAUCCGCCACGUUGAUUGAGAAGCAUCGGCAACGCGUCAAGGAUAUUAUUGAGGCCUUGUGCAACAAGCUUCUGGACGACCAAGCUUUGUUGAAACUGCUGGGCCAGAGUCUCGACUCCUCUGAGAUGGCGUGUAUGCAGGCGCGGUCCAACAUCACGGCGGCCUUCGACGAGUUGAAGUUGGCGGCAGAGCAACGCUGUGCCGAGUUGCUGGAGCAGUUGCAGGAGCAGAGUCGGGAGCCAAUGAGUGCCUUGAUCAAAGAGAAAGAGAUCUGUUCCACCUCUUUAGUGGACAUUUGGUGCGUCAUCGAUUUCAUGGAGAAGGUGAACCAGCAUGGCACGGAUGUGGAGGUCCUCAUGGCACGCGGGCACCGAACCUUCCGGGACCCCAUUGGGUCGCAGAAGUUCCAGGAAUGGAAGGACUUGUGUCAGGCGCCAGCAGCAAAUUUCCAGAGGAGCUUUGUGGCCCUUCCGGACCAUGACGCCGACAGCAUGCUGCGCUCUUUGGCCUCCUUCGGCUCUUUGAAGUUGAACCCGUUGGCUUGGGAGACGAGUGCAUUCAGCAAUGGGCCCUUGAAGCUCAUUGCAGGGCAGACCUGGGCAGACGUCUUGGAGGACUCCGAAGAGCUCCAGCAGCUCCAAUCUCCGAUUCGGACGCCGGAGGAGCAUUCGGAAUCCGCUGGGUCCGAGGUGCCCGGUCGGCGUGUCCGACUAGGCCGGCGCCUGCGGCGCCUGCGGCCAGCAACGAACCUGCAUGGGUCAGCAUGGCACCGCCUUCGCGGUUGCCUGCGGAUAUGGAAAUGGAACCCCAGAAGGUCGAAUUGGAGGAGGAUGUGGACGAGGAGACACAGCCAUCGAAGGGCCAGAAGCGUCGUCGUCGCAGGCGACCCAGAGGAAAGGGCGGAACGAAGGCUGUGGGCCCCGAAGCCCCUUGAGACGGCUGCGACAUGUUGCGACAUGUUGCGACUGUGUUCACCGUAAUUUUCACCCUGAGAUUAGCGGCCCGGCCUGGGAUGUUUUCUUUCGAUGGCCCGAGAUAUGGCCUUUGGGGAAGUCCAAAAGGGAUGUAGUUUGGUGAGUUUUUUGGCUGGUUG